GUGCUGCUCAGAGCCAGCGGAGGCUGUGGGUGAUCCCUCGCUCCACAUCUUUGACUGUGGACUGAACACUGAGCCAAAGGGGUUUGACGUCAGUGCAGCGCACGUUAAUUCUCGUCCCUGCUGGUCGGGGUACGAGUAGGGAGCUGGUCUCGCCUAACGGAUGUGUCUGGGACACUCCAGUAUAUUUAUUCUUUCAGUUACACACAGAUCUGGAUGAGCAUGAUGGAAGUGUUGGAGGGAUACAGGGUCAACAGAGGGCAGGGGAUGAGGGCUGCAGCCCCAGCUGAAGGAUACGUGAAGGAGUUCACUCGCCACUCCAAUGAUGUGCUGCUGAACCUGAAUGAACUCCGGCAUCGAAGCAUCCUGACUGACACCACCCUGAUUGUCGGCAGCGUGCACCUGCAGGCGCACUGUGCUGUGCUCGUGGCCUGCAGCGGUUUCUUCUACUCAAUGUAUUCCCGCCGCGCAUUGCUUCAGGGGCGUGGUGGCAGCGGCGAGCAGCUCAUGACCGUGUCUCUCCCCACCACAUUGGAUCCCUCCAGCGUCUCCCUGCUGCUAGACUUCAUGUACACCUCCCGCCUCCCUCUAACGCCAAGCAUUGUCUCCGGGGUGCUGGCUGUUGCUGUCUACCUGCAGAUGGACCACGUGGCUGAUACCUGCCGGGAUUUCAUGCAGCUGCACUGCUCUGAGAAUAUGAGUGCCAGACACCUCCAACUGGAGCUGGACUCCAGGGUGUCUGUAGCCUCUGUUGCCCCCAAAGGAGGAGAUUUGCCUAAUCCAGGACCCCUGCGAUUGCUGCCAACUGCAGCAGCAACCAGGGUCCCUGUGGUGGCUGGGGUCUCUCUCAAGCCAGGGGCUUUCCCCAGCUGUCAGCCCAGGCCAAAAGAGCUGAAAGGAGAACCUGAGUCACCUCUCAUGGGCAGCCCGACUUUGUCUCCAAGCAGCCCCGCCCGCUCCAGCUGCCAACCGAGCUCUCCUGCUGCAUCUGAGACCUGCAACAAAAACCUCGUGAGUGAUGCCAAAGCCACACCAGACCCAAAGGCCUGCAACUGGAAGAAGUAUAAGUACAUUGUCCUCAACCCACUCUGUGCUGCCAGUGCAGUGAAAGUAGAGGAGAUGGAGGAACCCCAAAAUCGAGCAUCACCCACUGUUGACUUGACACCAAGCACACCGACAGAGGCGUGGUCUGGAGAAGUGCCCGGUCAGAUUGAUAGACAGGGGCAGGCCUCCUGCUACGAGGGUUCUGGCCGAGCCCCUCCCCUCGGGCCACCACCCUCUGUGGACCACCCAACAGUGUCUCCUUCUAACAAGGAGAGACAAGAAGCUGCCGGUCACAGCCAGCAUCCUGUCAAGCGUGAAAGCUACUACAUGUCCUACUGUUAUUCUGGCAACCUUCAAGGAGUCAAACCCGCCUGCUCAGGUGACAAGCCGUACCGCUGUAAUGUGUGUGGCGCUCAGUUCAACCGACCGGCCAACCUGAAGACUCACUCUCGGAUUCACUCCGGAGAGAAGCCUUACCGCUGUGAUACCUGCGGGGCACGGUUUGUUCAGGUUGCCCACCUCAGGGCCCAUGUGCUGAUUCACACAGGGGAGAAGCCUUACCCCUGCAACACCUGCGGCACCCGGUUCCGCCACCUGCAGACGCUGAAGAGUCACCUGCGCAUCCACACUGGAGAAAAGCCUUACACUUGUGAAAAGUGUGACCUGCACUUCCGACACAAGAGCCAGCUGCGUCUGCACCUGCGGCAGAAGCACGGGGCCGUCACCAACACCAAGAUCCGCUACAAAGUGCUGACUGAGCCUUACCAGCCUAUCCUGCAGGCCUGCUGAAGAGGAUCAUUAAUCUGGCACACUGGUCACUGUGUUACCUAAAUAAUCUGAAUCUGUCAGAAUGUGAAAUUUGGUGUGUUAACUCACUUGUCAGUUGCAAAAUAGUUAUCUAGCUUUGAAUAGAGGUGGUAAAUUAUGAGUCUCAAUCUGAUGAUCAGAUGGCAUCACAAAAAUACAAAUGGUUAUAUUUGGAGUAAGAGGCAGCUGUUUGCACACAGCUGUUACACUAAUGCUUUAGUAAUACAUGAUAAAGAUGAUGAAAGAAAGUUUUGUUUUUGGGUUUGUGAAGAGGUGUAAAGAAGGGGACAGGACGUGGAGCCACAGGUAAAACACUGCCGGUUGUGUGUUUGUGUACACACACUGAACUGUGAAUAAAUGUGUGUAUGUGAAAGUUUGAAGGAAAGAUAAAACAAGUUGUAUGAAGGUGAUGUGGUGAGUUUUGGUGUAAAGUAGAAUGGGUUUUAAGAGCGGUGAAGCACUUAGUCAGUGUUAAGUUACUGAAGUUUCUUUCUUUAAUGUGUAUUUAACUUUGAUUUAUCUUAAUCUUAUGGCCCGGAGCCCACUGUAUCUGCUACAGUCCAAGCAGGCAAAGGACGUUUGUACUUUACUGAAUAAAAAGUGAAGAAAUCAAGUGCCUUUUAUAAAACAGGCUCUUAAAUAAGACAACUGAACGCAAUUGAAAAUGUAAUAAUAUUCGAUUUGUAUUUGAAAGAGGUAAUUUGCUGGACAAAGAUGGUUUUGUACAACUUAAAUUAAAUCAUUUUUAAUAUUAAUUGGAAA